GGCAUCAUGGCCGCGUCGGAGUGUCCCGCGGCGUCUGAAGGCAGCGUGUGUGGCACAGAUCUGCGGAUUGUCCUGUUGGGCCGGACUGGUUCUGGUAAAAGCUCCACAGGAAACACCAUUCUGGGAACGUCUGUGUUUCAGAGAGACAUCUCUCCUCUGUCCAUCACUCAGCAGUGUGUACGAGCCUGUGGUGAGGUAGAGGGGCGGAGCCUGCAGGUGAUUGACACUCCAGGCUUUUUCCACACUUGUAUGUCAUCAGAGGAGGUGUGUGCAGAGGUGGCACGUGGCAUGAUGAAUCUCUCUGCUCCCGGACCUCACGCGCUUCUGUUAGUCCUCAAACCAGGAAAAUUAACGCCGGAAGAGCUCAUGACUCUGGAGUGGAUCGGCAAGGUUUUGGGUUCAGCGGCUCUCAAACACACUGUCCUCGUCCUCACACACGCUGACCAGCUGCACGACAAACCAGCCGAGAGCUUUCUACAGGAGAGCAAGGAACUCUGGGAAUUCAUUCGGUCAUGCGAGGGCAGGAUUCACAUGCUGGAUAACACGAAAAAUGAAGAUCGAGCCCAAGUGAAUGAGCUGCUGAAGAAAAUCGAGGUGAUGGUGGGGAGGAAUGAGGGGAACUGGUAUGUGUGUGAGCAGAGGAUUCUGGGAGAAAAGGAGCAGGGGCAGAAGAGGGAGAGAGGAGAUGAGGAUAAAGAGAGGAGGAAGAAAGCAGAGCACGAGUUCUGGUGCGAGUUAGUGACUGCCAUGGGGAAGGGGGCACUGGAGAGCUCCGGAGUUCUGGAGAAAGGCAAAGGGAAAGGGAAAAAGAGUAAAGUGGUGCACAGGGCAGCAGCUUUAGCAUCCACGCCCCUUUCAGUGACAUCUGCUGCUAAAAUGGUGGGCGGGGCCAUGAGGGAAGGGAGCAAAGUGCUGUACAAACACCGUAAAACACUGCUGCAGUGAACACACACCACUCCGGCUUCACUCCACACCACGCUGUCGCUGUAGAUACAACCGUAACCUUCAGCCAGGAGUGUGUGUUAACCAGGACACACACACACACACAGCAGGACGUAGACAAGGAUGUGCUGGAAGCAGAAGGGCAUGCAAGGCACCAUGAACUAACACAAAUUAUUACACACGCCUGAUAAAAGUAUUAAUACAGCAGCGUUCUGUGAUUAAACCCACAGAAGAAGUGUAGACUGUGUACAGCAUUGACGCUAAACCGACUGAAAGUGUGUAAUUUACUGUCGUCCUUCAUCUUCACUGCUUCUGAUGGUGUGUUUAUUCUCAAAGAUUGUCUUAUCCUUGGGAAACGCUCCACUAAAUGUUUAAGAGCACACACAGAACAUGAUGCCAUUGCUAUUUUGUUUCCUUCU